GCACGCGCACACGCGUCGGGCGGUGGCAGAAUUCGGCGGCGUGCGCUUUCUCGCUCCAGCCCGCUCAGCGCUCCCUGCACCUUGGGGUGCCGGUUGAUCCUCGCCAGUCCGCUGUUAACGCGCCGUCUCGUGGUUUCGCGCGCCUCUCCUUCUCCCUAGUUUUUUGUAGAGCCCAGGCCACGCCCGUUUCCCGCCUCCAGGGCCUGGUUCGUUCCCGCCCCCGUCCGCCCCUCUCUGAGCCCCUGCUCCUUCUGCUGGAGGCGGAGGCUCCAUGUUGUCCCCUCAGCGAGUGGUAGCGGCUGCAUCGGGAGGAGCAGGUGAUGCUAUGGAGAGUGCAAAGCCUUGUCCAGUGCAGGUUGUUUUGGUUCAGAAAGACCAACAUGCCUUUGAGCUAGAAGAGAAAGCCUUGGCCAGCAUCCUCUUACAGGAACACAUCCGAGACCUUGAUGUGGUGGUGGUGUCAGUGGCUGGUGCCUUCCGAAAGGGCAAGUCCUUCUUUCUGGACUUCAUGCUACGAUACUUAUAUUUCCAGAAGGAAGGUGGCCGUUCAAAUUGGUUGGGUGACCCAGAAGAACCGUUAACAGGGUUUUCAUGGAGAGGGGGCUCUGACCCAGAAACCACUGGGAUUCAGAUCUGGAGUGAGGUUUUCACUGUGGAGAAGCCAGAUGGGAAGAAGGUUGCAGUUGUUCUGAUGGAUACCCAGGGGGCAUUUGACAGCCAGUCCACUGUGAAAGAUUGUGCUACCAUCUUUGCUCUAAGUACCAUGACUAGUUCUGUUCAGAUUUAUAAUUUGUCCCAGAACAUUCAGGAAGAUGAUCUUCAACAGCUACAGCUCUUCACAGAAUAUGGUCGUCUGGCGAUGGAUGAAAUUUUCCAAAAACCCUUCCAGACACUGAUGUUUCUGGUUCGAGACUGGAGUUUCCCUUAUGAAUACAACUAUGGACUACAGGGAGGAAUGUCGUUUUUGGAAAAGCGUCUACAGGUGAAAGAACAUCAACAUGAAGAAAUUCAGAAUGUCCGAAAUCACAUUCACUCAUGUUUCUCCAGUGUCACCUGUUUUCUGCUACCGCAUCCAGGGCUCCAGGUCGCCACAAGCCCUGACUUUGAUGGCAAAGUGAAAGAUAUUGCCAGUGAAUUCAAAGAGCAGUUACAGACACUGAUACCAUAUGUAUUAAACCCAGCUAACUUAAUGGAAAAGGAGAUCAAUGGCUCAAAAGUCACCUGUCGGGGGCUAUUGGAAUAUUUUAAGGCAUAUAUUAAAAUUUACCAAGGAGAAGAUCUGCCUCACCCCAAAUCCAUGCUUCAGGCCACUGCUGAAGCCAACAAUUUAGCAGCUGCAGCCUCUGCCAAGGACAUGUACUAUAACAACAUGGAAGAGGUUUCUGGGGGCGACAAACCUUAUUUGUCUCCAGACAUUCUAGAGGAGAAGCACUGUGAAUUCAAAGAACUUGCUCUGGACCAUUUUAAGAAGAUAAAAAAGAUGGGUGGGAAGGAUUUUAGCCUUCGUUACCAGCAGGAGCUGGAGGAGGAGAUCAAGGAACUCUAUGAGAACUUCUGCAAGCACAAUGGUAGCAAGAAUGUCUUCAGCACCUUCCGAACCCCUGCAGUGCUCUUCACAGGCAUUGUGGCUUUGUACAUAGCCUCAGGCCUCACUGGCUUUAUUGGUCUUGAGGUGGUGGCCCAGCUGUUCAACUGUAUGGUUGGACUGCUGUUAAUAGCGCUUCUCACCUGGGGGUACAUCAGGUACUCUGGUCAGUAUCGUGAGCUGGGCGGUGCUAUCGAUUCUGGUGCAGCAUAUGUAUUAGAGCAGGCCACUUCUCACGUUGGUAAUUCCACUCAGGCUGCUGUGAGGGACGCAGUUGUUGGGAGGCCAUCCUCGGAUAAAAAAGCUCAGUAGCAUCUUAACAAGAGGAUCCAACAAGACCCCGGCCAGCCCCUUCUGAUUUCUGGGCUUCUGCCACGGCCACAGGUCCAGGUCCCAAGGAACGCAGACCUGGGACCAUCUGGGAAGAGCUGAAACACGGCACUAAUAAAUGAACAGACCUUUCCUGUGGUUUCAAAUUCUUAAACACACUUCCAUUUCUCUUGGAAGCAUUUCUUUUCCUUGCUGGUGUAGAUCCAAGCCUAUGUCUGUCUUCUUAUUACUCACUGCUUUGUGCACUUUAUGGGGAAAAAGCUAAAAGAAAAAAUGGAAAUGCGGUUUUGUCCUAUAUGUGCCAUUUAGUGCCUUUUAAGGUUGAAUCCAUGCUUUUGAGGACACAAUAGGGAGGGGAUUGAGGAUAACCACAUGAAAGAUGCUGUUUUGGUGAAUUAUCAGUUCUUUUGUCCCUUACUCUUUUGAAAAGGAUUUUUUUUUUUUAAAGUUUACAAAACUUGCAAAAGCUUCAGAACUAAAGACUGACUAAAAAUGAUGCCAUUACACUUUUAAAGUCUUACAAUAUUAGAGAAUUGUUUUUGCCACAUAGUAUGGAAAAAUUAUAUCGUAUUUAACUCUACCGUACACUGAAAUUUAAGGUCUGUUUCCUGACAGUCUGGCAGUUUUGUUAGAACAUAUUCUGUUCUGUUUUUUUUUUUUUUGCCUUCAUUCAUUCCUAUAGCUUCUUUCUAGAAAAGAGACAAACGUGGCUUGAGAAACCAGAGCAGCUUGUAAUAAAAGGAAUGAGCUUUCAUACUUUAAGAAAAAAGCUUGAGUUUAAAUGAACCAUGUGACCUCUGAUAAGUCAUUUGAACUUGUGCCUUGGUCAGAUUCACUGUAGGUUUAUAUACAUGUAUGUAUUAUACAUAACUCACACACAAUUGUCAUUUGAGAGUUUUUGUUUUUUAGACUUCUGUAUGAGAACAGAUCUUUAUCAAGGAUUAGAGGAAAGACAUUUACCAAACAUACUGCCUUUAACUGACAUCCUAUUUCAUGUGGUUUAGCAGUAAAUCAGGUCUUUAUCCACAAUGUUUAUUUGCAUUCUCCUAUUCACUGUCUAAUGUUUUUAAUAAUGGAGCUAAAACUGUCAGUUUUAUUUAGUGAAUCAUCCCUUAUUUAACUUUUAUACAUGACUAGUCUGGUAGCUUUAAAAUAGCUUUGGCUUAGUAAGGACCAAAGUCCCACCCAAAUAUGGACAUAUAAUAUCUAGAAGUAUCUAAGAAUUCUUCAUUUACCUUGAUCAUGUGAUAAAAAAUUUUAUCAGUUGCCUUUUUGGUUUUAUAAUGGUGAAUUGUUGUGGAUUUUAAAACUUCAUAAAACUUGCCUGCAGGUAUUUAUAUAAACAUUCAGGUAUGUGAGCCUUAAUUCUUAAGAUAAUUUAACUUUUGCUGUGGGAGGGAGGGAGGUAGGGAGGUUUAGGCAAAUUCUGAGUGUAAAUUCUUUAUACACGAAGUAUGAAUGGAAGGUAGAAAAAGUCUCUUCUAGCAUGUAAUCUCUUUGUCAAAGAAUAUUUCUCUUGACUGUUUUAACACUUUACCACUCAAGUAUUUUUACAAGUUAUGAAUUAAUUCCAAGUGUUUUAUGUAUUUUUUCAUAUUUACAUACCAUCUUGCCCUGAAGUUCUUGCUAUUUUAUUCAACCGUGGUUAAAUUUUAGAAAAAUUCCAGCUUGUCCUAAAAACUGUUUACUUGCAUAUCAGUGAUACUUAGCUUUAUUAUCAAUAAAUUAAAAGCUUAGUUUUAAAAUUUUGGUGCAUUUUCAGGUGGCCUCUCAUCUUCCUGAAGGUUGAUACUUAUUUGCUAAAGGCCUUACAGAUGUUGAGAUACUUAGCUUUUAAUGCAUUUGUAUAAGCACAUUUAUAGAUUUCAGAAAUAUUGUCUAGAAUUAUCCUACUUUUAAUGGUGAGAAAAGGAUGCUGUGUUUAAAUUUUAUUUUAAUACUAAAAUAUUAGAUUUUUUAAAAUAAAAAAUAUAUGAUGUAUGAUUUAAUGAAAUCUUAGAAUUUAGUUACUGUUUAAA